ACAGGAACAAAAGAGGCUUAAGACUGAAAAGCAACCAUUUCACUUUGAGAUUAAGAGACAGUGGGCUGAAAAAGACGGAGUGAUAAACACAUAAGAGGUGGACUGACAAGGGAGGUAGUUAAUGUCUAAGAGAUUGAAUGGCUCAUGGAUGGGGUCUAUCUCGGUCCCGUCCUCCAUCCCUCAUGCCUUCCGCUCACAGCUCUCUUCAUCCGCUGACCUCAGCAUAGGCAUCUUACUCAUCAUCACAGGUGUGGUGUCGGUGGUUGGGAAUGGGCUGGUGUUGUUGGUUUACGGUCAGCGGAGAAAGAAGCUCAGAGCACACGAACUGAUGACCAUCAAUCUGGCCAUUUGUGAUUUCGGAUACAGCCUGCUGGGGGCGCCAUGUCUCAUCAUCUCAAGUCUGUCACAUGCAUGGAUUUUUGGGGAAACAGGAUGUAUGUGGUAUGGGUUUCAGGGCUUCAUUUUUGGCAUUGGGUCUCUCAUCACCACCUGCCUUAUCUCCCUCGACCGCUGCUUCAAGAUCUGUAGCUUUCAGUAUGGUCAGUGGAUUGAGAAAAAACACGCCUCUCUGUCUGUGGCUUUGGUGUGGAUCUAUACAAUAUUCUGGGCCUUACUUCCUGUGUUUGGCUUUGGUAGCUACGGCCCAGAACCGUUUGGAACCAGCUGCACCAUAAACUGGUGGAGACUGAAGUCUUCACUUAAUGAUAGAGUCUACAUUUUCCUGAUCAUGUCACUUUGUUUUGGAGUUCCCACCUUCAUUAUCAUCACUUCAUACCUCGCUAUCCUCAUCAAGGUGUAUCGGUCUGGUCGCACAUUGGCUUCAAUCCCUUCAUCCAGUGUCACUCACAGCAGUAAAGAUCUCCGGCUUACAAAGAUAGCAGCAGUGGUGUGUUCCUCAUUUCUGAUUGCCUGGACUCCCUAUGCGAUUGUUUCGCUCUACUCUGCUUUGACUGCCAGAGAGGAGCACGCUGAAGAAGACGGAGGCGCUGCUCUCAUGGGUGGAAUGUCAACAGGAGUUGGCCAUGGCGGAGGGAUGUCUGAUGUCUUUGGUUUUCCCUUUCUCAUUAACUGGACCUCUUCAGAACACUUUGGAGAUGCUUUGGUCUCCUGGAGGAAUAUGACUUCAGAUCAUUCCCAUCAUUCUGUAGGGCAUCAUGGAUCCAGUUCAACUGCGGGUUCUGCACAUGGAGGAAUGAGUGGACAUCAGUCUCAUCUUGUGUCCACGUUGAAGCCAGAAGUCUCCCUCAUCCCGGCUAUUUUGGCCAAGUCACACUGCAUGAUAAACCCCUUCAUCUACCAGAUCAUGAACCGCGACUUCAGGGAGGACGUCUGUGAUCUCCUGUGCUUGAGAGGAAAAGAUGGAGAGAGGAGGAGAACAAGGAGCACAGAUGGCAGUGAUUCUGAUGGGUUUCGAGGAAGCGUCACUCUCUCUUAUAUUCACAGCUGGAGAAGAAGAAGCACAGCUACCAGUCAGCUGUCUGGUGAGCAUGUGAAGAAAGAUUCCUCACGGAAGAGUAAAGGGAGUCGGGAGAGCCGAGGGAGUAGAGGACAGAGAAGGUCCUGCCAGGACAGUGCAGCAGUCGGGUGGGCAACACUGGAUACUACAACCUUAGAUACGCAGAGCAACUUAGAAAGAGAGAAAGGCAAGGAGGUGGAAAGAGAGAUGAAAAAAGAAUUUAAAGAAUCCUCUAACACAUUGCUGACGGGUGAGAAAUAACACUCGAAUCACCAGAACACCAGAAACACUAUAGUUUAUAAUGCAGUUAAUUAGCUCAAAAUAUACAGUGUUUCUUUUUUUUCCGUUAGUAUCAUCCCAUCCAGUCUCACACUGGUGCUUUGACACAUGAUGCUCUAGUUCUGAUUUUCAUAUACUGAUUUUACCUUUUUAUGUUUAUUACUGGAUCCCAUGUAUUUAUUUAUUUAUUUAAUCUCUUGUGUGUCUAAAUAUUUUAUGUAUUUAUUUAUUGUAUUUAUGUUUGUACAUAUUUAGAGAGCAAUAUCCAUUCCAGAGUAUUUCAAAGGACUAUUUCCGAAAUGUAAAU